UGGGUGUGUACACACUGCCGUACACUUUACGACCUGAAGAUUAUACAAACAAGUGCUAAAAUAAAUGAAAACCUACGGGAAAAUUAACGUUAAUUGGGGCAAAUAAAGAUCUCACCAUGAUGCGCAGUCUUUGCGCCCUUCGUGGGCAGUGCCAGCAGCUGUUCAGAAGCUCCAUCCGCCCUCAAAACUCAGUCCAUAAGUCACAACAAUUUCGGCGCAUGAAAUCUACGGAUUCUCCGGAGGAAGCCGCUCGUAAAUUGCGCGCGAAAUCCACACUCUACUACAUAACCGCCGGCGGAGUGCUGAUCGUGGGCCUGAGCUAUGCGGCUGUGCCGCUGUACAGCAUCUUUUGCCAGGCGUACAGCUACGGAGGCGCCACCACGCAAGGGCACGAUGCCGAAAAGGUGGAGCACAUGAAAAAGAUCGAGGAUCGGGUGCUGAAGAUACGCUUCAAUGCCGACAUUGGAUCCUCCAUGCGCUGGAACUUCAAGCCGCAGCAGUACGAGAUCAAAGUGGCUCCUGGCGAGACUGCUCUCGCUUUUUACACGGCGCGAAAUCCCACGGAUAAGCCGGUAAUUGGCAUCAGCACGUACAAUGUGAUCCCCUUUGAGGCGGGCGCGUAUUUCAACAAAAUCCAGUGCUUCUGUUUCGAGGAACAGCAACUGAAUCCACACGAGGAGGUGGACAUGCCCGUCUUCUUCUACAUUGAUCCUGAAAUCAUGGCAGAUCCGGCGCUGGAGACCUGUGACACCAUCACCCUUUCGUACACCUUCUUCGAGGCCAAGGAGGGUCUGAAACUGAACUUCCCCAGCUAUGCAAAGCCUCAUGCGGCAAGUGCGUGAAGGGAAAGUGCUUAGGUCUUUGUUUUAAAACAAUAAAUAUUUGUUAUACCUGAAA